GAGUCGUUUCAACUUGCGUAAGAAACCUCGGAUCAGCUACUAUGAACCGGACGAACCUCAUUUAGACGAAUAUGUGUAUUGCGAUGAAUGCACCGACUUCGUGUAUGAAUAUUGUUCCAUACAUGGGCCCCUACUGGUCAUUCCUGAUGAUAAGGUACCAGCUAAUACAGGUCUACCAUCAUUUGUGCACCGAGCGGCACUUACAAUCCCACGAGCUUUUCUGCAUUUAGCGCCAUCUACAAUUCCAGGUGCAGGACUGGGCGUAUUUAGCACGCUCACUUUGCCGCGAGGCGUCCGGUUUGGUCCUUACCAAGGACGAGUAACGCAAGAAAUCACUUCCAUGUAUUGUUGGCAGUUGUACGACGCAAACAACAAGCCGCACGCGGUGAUUGACGCGGAGGACGCGUCCGCUGCCAACUGGAUGCGGUACGUGAACUGCGCGCGGCACUGGCGCGAACAGAACCUCGUCGCCUACCAGUACCGCGGCCGGAUAUACUACAGGACUAUAAAAAUUAUUCCCCGUUUCACUGAGCUGAUGGUCUUCUACGGCAGUGAAUUUGCGAACUCGCUGCAUAUAGACUUACGGAAAUACAACUCUCCGCCCGGAUAUGCCGCUAAAUUUGGUGUUCCUUCAAAAAAACAACCAUCCCAAGAAUACAAAAGAAAAUCUACACACGCAAAAAAUUGUAACAAAGAAAACGAAGCAUCGAAUAAAGUAGUCUUAAACGAAAGAAACAUUAAUCUGAAAUCUGAAAAACAAACUUCACUUAUGAAAAAAAUUGAAAAAUCUGUUAAUAAAAGUACGGAAAACUAUGAUGUCACCGAAAAUAAUGAUAAUAGGGUUUCUAAUAAUGAAAAUCAAUUUCCUUGCAGCGAUUGUGGUCAGAAAUUCGAUACACAAAAUAUAUUUAAUCAACAUAUUGCAAAACAUAACCACAUCAAAUCGAAAAUGUACCUUAACUGUGAUAUAUGUGAUUUUCGUGACAUCGCAAAAAUCUCAUUAGAAAGACAUAUUAUGAAAGUUCAUCCAACUAAUUUAUAUUUUGUGUGUGAGUAUUGUAAUGAGUCAUUUAAAUCCAAAAAUUGUUUGGAAGAUCACGUUUUGACUUGUUCUCGUAAAUUUCGUGAAAAAGUACAUUCAAGAACACACAGUGGCGAGAAGCCUAAUGAAUGUACGAUAUGUCACUCUAGGUAUAGUCAAAAAGGUAGUUUGAAAGUACAUUUAAGAACACACAGUGGCGAGAAGCCUUAUGAAUGUACGAUAUGUCAGUACAGAUGUAGUGUAAAAGGAAAAUUGAAAAUACAUUUAAGAACACACAGUGGCGAGAAGCCUUAUGAAUGUACGAUAUGUCAGUACAGAUGUAGUAAAAAAGGUAAUUUGAAAAUACAUUUAAGAACACACAGUGGCGAGAAGCCUUAUGAAUGUACGAUAUGUCAGUACAGAUGUAGUGAAAAAGGUAGUUUGAAAGUACAUUUAAGAACACACAGUGGCGAGAAGCCUUAUGAAUGUACGAUAUGUCAGUACAGAUGUAGUCAAAAAGGUGAUUUAAAAAGACAUUUAAGAACACACAGUGGUGAGAAGCCUUAUGAAUGUACGAUAUGUCAGUACAGAUGUAGUCAAAAAAGUAAUUUAAAAACUCAUUUAAAAACACAUAAUAAGCAAGUAUAUUAAUCUAUUUACAUAUAAUUAUUACAAAACGGUAUUACAGUAAUCUAUCAAUUUAAAUUCACGACGUCGGUGGUUUAACGGUUUAGCACACUGCCUCACUUCGGUGGUUGGAGGUUCGAUUCCUCGCACGGUACAAACAUUUGUAUUGAUGAAUAUGAUUGUUUGUAUUGAUCUGGAUGUUUUUAUUAUGUAUGUAUUAACAAAAUAAAAUCUGAAUUAUAUUUGUAUCACAUUUGAACACAAAGCCGUGAUUUACGCAACAAUUUAUACAAAUAAAAGAGUGUGUUUGUAAUUUCAAAUUACUUUUCACUAAAUGCUAAUAUGAAAGUGUAUUAUACGCUACUGACAUCAAAAUCUAUUUAAUUUUUUGUCGGUCUAUUUGUUCUUGCUUAUCUCUCAAACAGCUGGACCGAUAUGGAGACUCGCACGC